AUGGAUCUUAUUGCAGGCGUUCGAAAGGAGGGUAGCCGUGGCGGUCGCAGCGAGUUCAAAUGGUCUGACGUUCAGAACUCAACCCACCGGGAGAACUACCUAGGACAUUCGUUGAUGGCCCCGGUGGGAAGAUGGCAGCAAGGACGAGACCUCAGUUGGUACGCAAAAGGUAAUGUCGAGGAAGAAGCAGAGCGCUUGCGCAAAGAGCAGGAAGAACGUCAACGAGUGAAGGAUGCCGAAGAGGAAGCAAUGGCUCGCGCACUCGGGCUGCCAAUACCGGAGAAAGCUUCAAACAACGCCAAUCUAGUGCCACUGGGGGAAAAAGAGGCCGGCCAAGCAGGAACAGAGGUGACGGUCGCAGUCGAAGCCCACGACGUGAGCGGCGAAGGGAUCACAGUGAUGAUCGAGGACGUGACCGGGAAAGACCACAUCGCCGACGGCAUGAAGAAGAAGACCGACGCCGAGAUCAUCACCAUCACCACAGCCAUCGUCAUCGCCAUCGCUCCCGUUCGCGCUCCCGCUCUCAUGACAGGGAGCACCGACGAAGACGGCAUCAUUCACGAUCGCGAACUCCACGUGUUCGGAACGAUGAUGGGGGGCUACAGGCCAAGAAGGACAGAGCGUAGCUAUUCUCCAAGAGAGCGCAGACAGAGCCCAGAGCGUCAAAGGGGCCGGGAUGACCGCGAUCGUCGACAUUGA